UUUGACAGUCAAAAGUAAACACGAGCACGUUGGUUGGAUCUCAGCCCCACAAACUCGAUUCAAAAACGAAUAUUUAGUUAUUUGAUUAAGCUAAUUCUAUAAAAUGGGCGAGGAUGAAGUAGGUACCAAAAAGAAAGGAAAUAAACGCUAUUUCCAGGAAGUCGUUGAUGAAUCAGAAGUAAAAAAGAUAAAACACAGACCGAAAAUAAAACAAGAAUUUAAAGGAGAAAUAAUUAAAGUGGAACAAAACGUACAAAAACCAUUGAAACCUCAUUUGAAGCGUAAGAAGGGCUAUCAGAAGUACGAAGACAAGCGACCAAAUAUUCCAAAACACAUUCUCGAUAAAUAUAACAGAGGUGAGAAUGUGGAGGUGGACGGAAUUAAAACCAAAUACUUUAAGGAAAAGCAACAACGCAAAGAGGUUUAUUUGGAAUAUGCCACUGAACAGGCUGCGAGAACAGAACUGUUGCUGACCGAACAGCAAGGUUUCAUAGAGGCAGAUGAAGGCGAAGUCACUGCAGAAUAUCGCCAGGAAGAGAUAGCCGCAAAUGUGGAUAUACAGUCGGCCUCGAAAUUAUUCAAAUUGAAUUUGGAAUUCGGUCCAUAUAGUAUGAGGUAUUCAAGGAACGGAAGACAUUUGCUGUUGGGCGGCCGCAAAGGCCAUGUCAGCUCCUUCGAUUGGGUUACCAAGAAAAUGCAUUGUGAAAUGAAUGUUAUGGAGGAAGUAGCCGAUGUUAGCUAUCUACAUGUUCACACCAUGUUUGCUUGUGCCCAAAAGGAUCAUGUGUAUAUUUAUGAUAAUCAGGGUACCGAACUACAUUGCAUUAAGCGGAUGUAUCGCGUAAAUCGCAUGGAAUUCCUGCCAUAUCAUUUUCUACUGGCCACGGGAAACAAAGAUGGUUAUCUGUCUUGGCUGGAUGUAUCCAUUGGUGAAUUGGUGGGAAAUUAUGGUACAAAAUUGGGUGAAAUACGUAUAAUGAGACAAAAUCCCAGUAAUGGAGUACUCUGUCUUGGUGGUGGCAAGGGUGUGGUAUCGAUGUGGUCACCCAAGGUAAGAGAACCAUUGGCAAAACUGCUUUGCCAUCCAACUCCCUUGUCGGCACUAACUGUUGAUCACAAGGGUCAACAUUUGAUAACAGCCGGUCUGGAUCGCAAGGUAAAGGUUUGGGAUAUUAGAUCUCUAAACGGCCCUCUGGCCAAAUAUAAAUUACGCUUGCCGGCAAGUCAAGUGGAAGUAUCACAAAAAGGGGUCUUGGCUAUAUGCCAAGGUAAUUAUUGUGAGCUUUAUCAUAAUCUAAUAAUGGGAGAGAAUGCAAGCCGUCCUUAUCUACGCCAACAUUGUGGUUCCUUUGUCCAUGGCAUGCGUUUCUGUCCGUACGAAGAUAUUUUGGGUGUCUCCACAGCCAAUGGCUUCCAAUCACUGCUCGUUCCUGGAUCUGGAGAGCCUAAUUAUGACGCUCUUGAAGAUAAUCCAAUGCAGACUAAAUCUCAACGUCGUGAACAUGAAGUCCAUUCACUGCUGGAGAAGAUACCUGCUGAGCUUAUUACGUUGGAUCCCAACGAAAUUGCCACAGUCGAUGAACCCACGCUCCAGGAGAAGAUUGAUGCCAAGCGGGCUAUAUUCUUCUUGAAACCACCAGAAGUUCAAAUGAAUUCGAGGCGCAAAAUGAAAGGCAAAGGAGGCAGUGCAAAUGCGGCACGUAACAAACAAAUUGUUAAAGAUCAGAAAAGAAAGGAAUUCAUUGCGGAUGUGCGUGAAGCGAAGAAGAAAAUUAUUGAGGCCCAUAAAGUGGAUGAGAGUGGUGAAGAUUUUAUACCAUUAGAAGAGACAAAACAAAGUGUUUUGGAUCGCUUCAAACCCAAGAACCUUAAAAGAAAAGCAUAGUUUGUUGUUUUAGAAAUAAGUUCUAUUCUUUUAUAGAAAAUAAAAUAUAAAAUAGAAAUAGAAAUAUUAAGCUAACGUUAAUAUAUAUUUACAAUAUCCAGAGAUACGUUUAUCUGUUAUACUUGA